GCCACAUCUAGCCGUCAUCGGCUGUUGCUGCCCUGUAGGCAGGGUCGCUUUCUUUUCUGUUUCCUGUUCUUCUUUUCCGCCUCAAGUCUACUGUGUACCGGGGACCUUGCGUGCAAGGUCCCCGCCCAAGAGGAGAGGCGAAAUGUGCCACACUACUCGGUUUGUUUACACCGUGUGUACCCACGACCGAGUAGAAAAGACCAAGUGCGAGGCCCGCAACGCUGCCGAGAGCGGUGGCAAAUCCCCCUUGCUCUCGUGGUUUAGCACACGGCCUUCCAAGAUAUGCGCCAAGAAUUCGACCAAGACAGGAGAGGCUGUCAUGGGAUUUUGCGCGGGUUGUCGCGCCGUCUUCAAGGGCUACAACACUCGAAAUCUGACUGCCAUCAAAAACUAUUGGGCUUACAAGAACACAAUGGAACUACUAGAGCCCGUCUCUGCUCAUGAGGUUCCGGCCGACGUGAUAUUCGGCAGGUCUAUUCCAGAAGACCCGACAGACAUCCGCUUCGAGCUCACUGCCCUCGUCGACCGGCUAACAUAUUUCGACUCGGAUACUAUGGAGACGAGGCUGCUUAGGGCGCAGAACGCUAGAGUGAGGACUAUCAAGUGGGCGAGCUCUGGAUCCGAGUCUACUAUAUCAGCGGACCGAAGAUCCAGCCGCGCGUCAGUGCAGAUUCGAGGGAUUGCGGAAGUUCUAGACAUCCCCCCCAGCGCGGCUCGGCGAGUCUCGAAUUCGACCAGUGAGGAUAAGCCGAAUGCCCAUCUCGAGACCCUCGAGGCUCUGUGCGGAGAAGCCGUGGACGAGGCCGAGUUCACUUCGUGGACGAGCAAAGACUACACCCCAACCAGGGAGAGCACGAGAGUUGGUAAGACGGCUCCUAUGGCCGACAUUGGUACCAUAGGCGUUGACAUCACCAAUCCCUACGGCCAGUUCGCUGCAGUUCAUGAAGCUAACGUUGAUGAAGGGCCAGGCGAUGUUUAUGACCUCUUCUUCCGUGCCGGCCUCUCCCCAUCGAUAAAGAAGCAUUUUGGGACGCUUCACGGAACGUCGGCAAUUGGUGAGACAGCUCUUAUACCGGACCUCGAUAGGAUCGAGCGUGAUAUUACCGACUUGUUGCCUGACCGCGUCGCUGACCCAACGAAAAGACGAGAAUCGAGUAUCCUUCUGUCACAUUGGAGUCAGUCGACCCUCGUUUCUGGACCCAGUGGCGGAGGAUCUCUUUACCCAGGGUUCGGUGUCGACGCCGAUGUCGCUGUACUAGAAUGUGCGCCCGAGCAUGUUGAACAUGUCACUGCGGUGAAUGAAGACGAGGAAGAACUUGGUGAUAUACUCGAUUACUAUAAUGACGAUCCGCAAGAGAAACUUGCUGAGAGCAUGCCUCCAGACCUCGUCAGCGACUCUGAAUUCUCGUCAGACGAGGAGGAGGAAGAAGAAGAAGAAGAAGAAGAAGAAGAAGAAGAAGAAGAAGAAGAAGAAGAAGAAGAAGAAGAAGAGGAGGAGGAGGAGGAGGAUGAUGGUAAUGAUGUUAUCGACCUUUACUCCACUACCGGCCGGCCGCGGCGCAUCCCCGAUCGUUACCUCGGUUUAUUCGAAGAGGAGCAACGCGACGACAGCCUGUGGAAGAAAAAGUACGAAGAGGCUUACUUGCUUGCGCAGAAAAUUUCCCGUAUAGAGUCGGGCUGGCCGGACGAGACGACCCCCGCUGCCGACGACGACGCCAACUCUCCGCUCCUGGUCGCGUUAAACAACGACAGCGAGAGCGAGUACGGCGGGAGCCAGAGCAGGGCCGACUCGAAGGCCUCGUCGUCUUCGUACUCGACCGACGGCAGCGUCUGGUUCUAAUGUCGGGAGGAACACGGCUUCUUGGUCCCCCUUUCUUUCCACACCCUAGUCUCCAUCUAAAGGAGAGUAGAUGUACUGUACGAUAUCUUGUUUCUGAA